AGAAAUGAUAAGAAAGAUAUUUUAUUUCUCAACCUUAUAGUGAAAAGCCCUUGGCUUUACUAACUCGCUCGAUUUCCCGCUCCAAGAAGCUCACUCAUUCUUGUAAAUCCUAAACCUAAACCUUCUUCCUAAAUCCAAUUCCCAGUUUCUAAUCUCUGCAACUCUAAACAUAUGCAGUUAGGGGUUUUGGGGCUAUCCUAUUCCUUAUACUUUGGGUCUACAUGCUUUGCUGCUUGUAGACACAAAGACUUGCAAAAUAUGGCCGCCUUUAGUACUAUCUCGCUGUGCCCGUAUAGCCUUUGGCGCCGCCCGAGCCCGAGGAAGUAUUCCAUUUCGUGCUCUGACGGUUCUCCUACAUCAAUAGGCAGUCAUGGUUCCAAAGCACCACGUAAAAGAUCAGGAAGAUUGGAAGGGGCUGGGAAAAGUAUGGAGGAUUCUGUUCAACGUAAGAUGGAACAAUUUUAUGAAGGGUCUAAUGGCCCACCAAUCCGUAUUGUUCCUAUUGGUGGCCUAGGUGAGAUUGGGAUGAAUUGCAUGCUUGUUGGGAAUCACGAUCGCUACAUACUAAUUGAUGCUGGUGUUAUGUUUCCUGACUAUGAUGAGCUUGGAGUCCAAAAAAUUAUACCUGAUACGACAUUUAUAAAAAGAUGGAGCCACAAAAUUGAAGCUGUUGUUAUAACUCAUGGACACGAAGAUCACAUUGGUGCGUUGCCUUGGGUUAUCCCAGCUCUGGAUUCCCGUACUCCAAUAUAUGCAUCAUCUUUUACAAUGGAGUUGAUCAAAAAGCGUUUGAAGGAGAAUGGGAUUUUUGUUUAUUCUAGACUUAAGGUGUUUAGAACAAGGAAGAAAUUCAUAGCUGGGCCUUUUGAAGUAGAGCCAAUCAGGGUGACUCAUUCUAUUCCUGAUUGUUGUGGACUGGUACUUCGCUGUGAUGAUGGUACAAUUCUUCAUACUGGGGACUGGAAGAUUGAUGAAUCACCAUUGGAUGGGAAAGUUUUUGAUCGUGAAGCAUUAGAGGAACUUUCAAAAGAAGGAGUAACACUAAUGAUGAGUGACUCAACAAAUGUACUGUCACCUGGAAGGACAAUUAGCGAAAGUGUGGUGGCAGAUGCACUGACAAGACGUAUUUCAGCUGCUAAAGGAAGGGUCAUUACUACUCAAUUUGCAUCAAAUAUACACCGCCUUGGAAGUGUGAAAGCUGCUGCUGAUUUGACUGGUAGAAAAUUGGCGUUUGUCGGCAUGUCCUUAAGGACUUAUUUGGAUGCAGCAUGGAAGGAUGGAAAGGCACCAAUUGAUCCAUCCACUCUGGUUAAAGUCGAAGAUAUUGAUGCCUAUGCUCCAAAGGAUCUGCUGAUUGUCACAACUGGAUCUCAAGCAGAGCCACGUGCUGCGUUGAAUCUUGCAUCAUAUGGCAGCAGUCAUUCCUUCAAACUGAGCAAGGAUGAUGUAAUUCUGUAUUCAGCUAAGGUCAUCCCUGGCAAUGAAUCUAGGGUGAUGAAAAUGCUGAACCGUAUAUCAGAGAUUGGGUCAACUAUAGUAAUGGGUAAGAAUGAACUGUUGCACACAUCUGGCCAUGGAUAUCGUGGAGAACUGGAGGAGAUACUUAGAAUUGUGAAGCCGCAACAUUUUCUUCCCAUACAUGGAGAACUCUUGUUCUUGAAAGAGCAUGAAUCGCUUGGGAAAUCAACUGGCAUUCGACAUACUACAGUUAUUAAAAAUGGAGAGAUGCUUGGAGUUUCCCACUUAAGGAACAGAAGAGUUAUAUCUAAUGGUUUUAUUUCCCUUGGGAAAGAAAACUUGCAGUUGAUGUAUAGUGAUGGAGAUAAAGCAUUUGGCACAUCCACCGAACUUUGCAUCGAUGAGAGACUAAGAAUUGCAACAGACGGCAUUAUAGUGGUCAGCAUGGAAAUUUUACGGCCACAAAAUGCAGAGAGUCUCAUUGAAAAUACCAUAAAAGGAAAAAUAAGAAUCACGACACGCUGCUUGUGGCUGGAUAAAGGGAAGCUUUUAGAUGCUCUCCAUAAAGCUGCCCAUGCUGCACUUUCGAGCUGUCCUGUGAAUUGCCCUUUAUCUCACAUGGAAAAGACGGUAUCUGAGGUUUUGAGGAAGAUGGUAAGGAAGUAUAGUGGUAAAAGGCCUGAAGUCAUUGCCGUUGCCAUGGAAAACCCAGAUGGAGUUCUCUCUGAUGAGAUCAAAACAAGGCUAUCUGGUAGCUCUCAUGUUGGUGUUGGGAUAUCAGCAUUGAAAAAAGUGGUUGAUGGAUAUCCAAAAAGAAAUCGCUCAAACAAGAUGCAAGCAGAAAGCAAUGGCUAUAUGCAUUUAGAUUACACGUCACAACAAAAUAUGGAAGUUGAUGAUAUUGAAGUUGGGAGACUACCACCCAAUGAAGAGACCACUACUACAACUUCCAACUUGGCUGAUGGAGUUCCCUCUGGCUCUGAGGAUGAAGAUGAUUUCUGGAAAUCAUUCAUUUCAUCAUCUUCACCCACUGACGAUUCAGUUCAACAACAUGAACAUGUAAAUGAGCUCAAGGAAGAUGGUAAUAUGAGCAGUGAUGAUGACUCUUUGGCAAUGCAAAGUUCUCGAUCAAAGCCUUCCAAGAAGGUGAAAAGGAACAAAUGGAAAACCGAGGAGGUGAAAAAGCUGAUAAAAAUGCGUGGGGAUUUACAUGAUAGAUUUAAUGUUGUAAAGGGGCGAAUGGCUCUCUGGGAAGAGCUAUCUAAUAACUUGAUAGCUGAAGGAGUUGAUCGAAGUCCUGGGCAAUGCAAAUCUUUGUGGGCAUCCCUAGUUCAGAAAUAUGAGUAUGAACAGGAAAGCACGAGUGACAACAAAAGCCGGGAAGGAUGGCCCUAUUUUGAAGACAUGGAUAAAAUUUUCUCUGGCUUCGAGGCAACGUCAGCGAAAUGAUGACUCGGGUGACACAAUCAAUCAGCACAUGAAGAGGGUUGCAUCAAGUGUUUGGAAGAGCCUUCAACAGCAUUGCUUGUCCACAGGGAUGACUGGGGUCUGGUACACAAUUGGCGCAGCCACUGCAUAAGGGUUCGUACGUAAACAAGAAAUAUGGCUAAUUUUGAAGCUGUAGGGCCACCACUGAAUUAUUUAAUUAGAUACACAUUCAGUGAUGAACAAGAAAUGAAAUUGGCACAUGUAAAAUGGUCAUCUGAUAUAUGGAUAUCAUUUGAUUAUUGUGACUGGAAUGUUUUGGUGUAGAGGAUGUUAUUUUGUA